CGUAAUGGUACACAAAAUCAUAUCAAAACACAUAAUCACAUUCAUAUUAAGGACCAAUUAACAUAUUACGGAACAGGGGUAUCACAAGUAUGCCCAGGGUUUUUUGAUGUUCCUCAUCGGGACCACUCUAUUCUGCAAUACAGGGAACACAGUUGGACUUUAUUUGCUCAGCGCUUUGGUAGACCUAUCACAGGUUAGCCAAUAUGAUUGGGGUGGUGCCAGCCUAGCUACCCUUUACUGUUAUAUGAAGGCGACCUCCCGCGAGCGAGGGAACAUAGUAGGUGGCUACUAGAGAGCUUGGGAGCUAUGGGUUUAUGCAUACUUCCCGACGCUAGCCCCUGAGCUCGAGGUUGAGGUACCCCUGGAGAUCCCCUACUCUCGCAGAUUUGAGGGUCGGUGUCAGUCGAGGACUUGGGAGACUUUGCUCUAUCUCCGACAGUUCUUCGAUAUUGUACGACCGACAGAGAUUACUUGGCAGCCAUGGGCACCCUUGCCAGCAGAUACCCAGUUCCGGUUCCUGGAGGGUGGGCCGCUUCUCGAUACAGGACUAUAUUUGAGGGGCCAUUUGGCAGGGCCUGGUUUCUGAGGGAUCGUUUUAUGUGUCAGACGAUGGGCAACCUUGAGCAGGGUGUCCCCUCAGCACCUCCAGAGGACAUACGGUCCACUGAGGGACUCACUCCCUAGGAGGUCGAGGAGCUCAUAUUAGGUACUGAUGUAGUUCUAUUGCUAGAGGAGGGAGAGUACGCGACCUACCGCCGUACAUACCAAAUGCCUCCGCUGUCAGAUGUCCAUGCCCCCAAGAGGAGGGCUACUGACGUGCCUUCUUCGAGUCGCGCCCGAGCUAGAGACAUUCCUUCGAGCAGCGGAGCCGACACAUCGAGGGGUGGGGCUGGAUGGAUGUCCUCUACUUGCCAGUAUACCGGAUGGCCAGAUCUUCCGACCGGGCUAACAGGUUGGAAGUGUGAGACACCAUACCAGAUCCCGCUAAAGCCUCCGCGGCCAGGUCACCGAUAUGUCAGUGAACCUGACUUACCACCGCCUCCCAGAGAGUACAUGGAUGGAUUGCUCGGAGUGGUGGCCUCGCUCGAGGGCAUGGUCCUGUGGAGGGAGACAAUGUUGUUCGUCGCCGGCGUUUCGGUCCCACCACUACAAGUCGGGCCAUCCAAGCCUUCUCGAGAGGCUGGGAGAGGGGGCUCGACUCGCAGUCGAGGCAGACAUAGGGCACCUAUCAGAGAUGAUGAAGAGUCUACGCAUCCUCAGUCGGAGACAUCCGCAGGCAGAGAGGAGGACUCUGGCUCCGGUUCUGAGAGUGGAGGUGAUGCCGGGGAGGAUUCCGAGGAUGGCAGCUCCGAUUCGAAUGGUGGUGGUGGUAGUUGUGGUGCAGAGGCUGUCCAGGCAAAGAGGAUGAAGAGAGCCUCCCGAUCUUGAGCCUGACAGCACUAAUACAGAUGUCCCUGCUUUAUUUUCUUUUUUUACUAGUAGUUGUAGCACCUCAGCUUUAGGCAAUUCUAUUUUCCUUAAAACUUGUACCUUCUUGUAAAAUGCUGUAAAAAGAAGCUAUGAUGGAA